CCGAGCCUGAGCGUCCCCUUUUCGUACUCUCCUCCGAUUCCUUGAAGAUCCUGGUGUCGCUCAGCAAGAGCGCCCAGGAUUUCUGGAUCCCCAGCCUUAUGACUCAGGGGCUCCUGCCGAGUUUUCCCCUCCCGGGAUUUCGAUGCAAUUCAGCGAAUUCACCGCUCCGUCUGAGAAAUGAUAAAACCGAGAUUUAGAGCACAGCCCCGAGGCGCCGUUUGCCAGGUCCCGUACCCUCCCCCGGGCCUGGGCAGCAUGGCCGUAUUCCGGUCGGGCCUCCUGGUGUUGACAACGCCGCUGACCUCCCCGGCCCCUCGCCUGGCCCCCAUUCUGACCUCGGCGGCCCGGCUCGUGAAUCACACGCUCUAUGUACACCUGCAACCGGGCAUGUGCCUGGGCGGCCCGGCUCAGCCCCAGUCCAGCCCCGUGCAGGCCACGUUUGAAGUUAUCGAUUUCAUCACGCACCUCUACGCUGGCGCCGACGUCCACAGGCACCUGGACGUUAGAAUUCUGCUGACCAAUAUCCGAACCAAGAGCUUUCUCCCUCCCCUGACCGGCUCAGUCCAGAACCUGGCCCACCCGCCGGAAGUGGUGCUGACCGACUUCCAGACCCUGGAUGGAAGCCAGUACAACCCAGCCAAGCAACAGCUCGAGCGUUAUGCUACCAGUUGUUACAGCUGUUGUCCGCAACUGUCUUCGGUGCUCCUAUACCCCGAUUAUGGGCCUGGAGUUCUGCCCGUGGGGUCCCUGGACGUCCCCUUACCCUCCACCAUCAGCCCAGCCUCCCCCGUGGGCAGGUCUGCCAAGCAGCCAGUGCGUGGCCACCAGCGAGGUGCUGUGGGUGGCACGUUUGACCGCCUGCACAAUGCCCACAAGGUGUUGCUCAGCGUCGCGUGUCUCCUGGCUCAGGAGCAGCUUGUGGUGGGAGUAGCAGACAAAGACCUGUUGAAGAGCAAGUUGCUCCCUGAGCUGCUCCAACCCUACGCAGAACGCGUGGAACAUCUGAGUGAGUUCCUGGUGGACAUCAAGCCCUCCUUGACUUUUGAUAUCAUCCCCCUGCUGGACCCCUAUGGGCCCGCUGGCUCUGACCCCUCUCUGGAGUUCCUGGUGGUCAGCGAGGAGACCUAUCGUGGGGGGAUGGCCGUCAACCGCUUCCGCCUUGAGAAUGACCUGGAGGAGCUCACCUUGUACCAGAUCCAGCUGCUGAAGGACCUAAACCACAAGGAAAACGAAGAGGACAAAGUCAGCUCCUCCAGCUUCCGCCAACAAAUGCUGGGAAACCUGCUCCGGCCUCCACAUAAGAGGCCAGAGCUCCCCCCAGGUUUCUACGUGAUUGGGCUGACGGGCAUCAGUGGCUCUGGGAAGAGCUCAGUAGCUCAGCGGCUGAAGGGCCUGGGGGCAUAUGUUAUCGACAGUGACCACCUGGGCCACCGGGCCUAUGCCCCGGGUGGUCCUGCCUACCAGCCUGUUGUGAAAGCCUUUGGAACAGAUAUUCUCCAUAAAGAUGGCAUUAUCAACAGGAAGGUCCUAGGCAGCCGGGUGUUUGGGAACAAGAAGCAGCUGAAGAUACUCACGGACAUUAUGUGGCCAGUUAUCGCAAAGCUGGCCAGAGAGGAAAUGGAGCAGGCUAUGGCUGAGGGAAAGCAGGUGUGCGUCAUUGAUGCCGCCAUGCUGCUCGAAGCAGGCUGGCAGAACAUGGUCCAUGAGGUGUGGACCGUUGUCAUCCCUGAGACUGAGGCUGUACGACGCAUUGUGGAGAGGGACGGCCUGAGUGAGGCUGCGGCCCAAAGCCGGCUGCAGAGCCAGAUGAGUGGGCAGCAGCUUGUGGACCAGAGCCACGUGGUGCUGAGCACCUUGUGGGAGCCACACGUCACCCAGCACCAGGUGGAGAAAGCCUGGGCCCUCCUGCAGAAGCGCAUCUCCAAGGCACCAUCAGGCCCAUGACUGACAAAGAGUUCUCUGUGGGGCCAAACUGACCCCUGGAGCUGACAAGAGAUCCAGUGAUGAUGGCGAAUUGGGGCCUUGAAGCUCACCCUAGCUGGGGCCUAGAGGGCUCUGUGCUAAGCUGGGCGGGGCCUGGCUGGGCCUGCUGGACACAGGAAGCCUACCCAGCUUGCCAGUGUUUGGCCAACACUGAGAAUGUGGCUCUUGGGGGAGCAGGCCCCCUAGCGUUGUUCCGUCCUCGCUUUUGCCCACAGGCCUGUGGCACCCGUGGUGGGCUGGAGCCAGGGCAAACACUGAAGCUUGUUGCAGAAUUAAAGGUGAACGUUGCUA